AUGGCAUAUACUCCACUACACUUUUUGUUAACCCUCUCUCGCGAACUCUUGAAUACCUUCAUCCAUUCCGCAGGAGAUGACGGACUACUUGCGCGAGCUGAUCGACUGUUACUAAAAGGACCUGCCCAAUCCAAUAAUUUUUUACUAAUAGUACCGAUUACACUAGGGAUCAUCCUUAACGUCCUAAUCCGAUAUAUCACUGGCCAUGUCUUAAUGUCCAUCUUAAUCCUUGAAACUGUGGAGAAGCAAGCCAAUACACCUGAGGUCGGGGACAAGAAACCAGCUCCCUCCAGUCGCCAACUAUUCCGAACCAUUGCCGUCCUCUACCGCAAAGGUGGUCUCCGUCUUCUCCUGAGUGGCAUCGGUUCCGCCUGUACCUACUGGGCGAUGCACUCCUCGGUAGCGAAACUAUCGACUAUUCUACUUCCCGGACCGGUUGCGUAUAUCAUUGCAUCGGUCCUGCUCGCUGAGACCCGUUUCUUCUGGACCGCGCGCACCAUCCUUCCCCGCGACCAGCUGCACCUCGUGCCCAAUGCCCGCGACCGCCAACGAUGGAAAGCCCUGGUGCUUCCCACUUUGGUCUAUGCCGUCGUCGAAACGGUCAUGAUGCAUGUGCCGGCUCUAUUCGAUAGCAGCCUCGCCUCAUCGGAUGAGGAUGUCACGAUGGCAGGACUGGCGUACAUUGUGAGAUCCGACAUCCUGAUCGCGGGGCUCAUGCUCGCUGCCCAGCUGUUUCUCCUCCUUCCUUCUUAUAUAGUGUUAACCCUGGCCCAGGCCAGUCUUCUGCCGCCCGCCUGCGAGACGCUGGUCUUUACAUCGGGACAGCAGCGGGGCAGACGGGUGGGAGAGAUCUUUUUGGCGGUCAAACGAGGACCGCUACAAGUACAGGAGGCGAUGCAGAUGAUUGGGGUGGGGCGGUUGCUUUGGUGUCUGGAACUGCAUGGAAAGAUGUGCUUAUCUUUGAUUGGGGUUUCUGCUGUGGUGCAUUUGGUGGUCUACUGUAUGUUGUAG